AUGAAGAAGACGAAACCUGAUGUAGAAGACAUGUCCAUUGUAGAGAAAUUGGAAGAUUUUUCGCAUGAAGGGUAUUCGGAUACAGUGUUAACGUAUCCGGAUAUAGGUGAACGAGUUGUACGUGAGGUCCGUUUUGCAGGUGAAGCUUUGUCGAGUUCGUGGCGUUUGUCUGGUGAAGGAAAUGAGGUUCAUCCAUAUAUCUUGAACAACAAUCGAUUUUACCCGUACUUUAAGGAUUGUUUAGGGGCCAUGGACGGUACUCAUGUUCUUGUAAAGGUGCCAAGAUCUGAUGCUCCGAGAUUUCGAGGAAGAAAAGAUUGGCCAACUCAAAAUGUGUUCGUGGCGUGUGAUUUUGACAUGAAAUUCACAUACGUUCUUGCUAGGUGGGAAGGCAUUGCAUCGGAUUCAAGAAUUUUAAAAAAUUCUCUUAAUCGAGAUGAUCCGUUGGUUAUCCCCCAAGGAAAAUACUACCUCAGUGAUGCUGGAUUUAUGUUGAAAAGCACAGUUUUGACCCCGUAUAGAGGCGUCAGAUAUCACAUUAAGGAAUAUACACGCAGAGGACCACAAAAUGCACACAAGUUGUUUAAUCAUCGACAUUCAUCGUUGAGAAAUGUUAUUGAAAGAACUUUUGGUGUGCUGAAAAAACGAUUCCCUAUCAUUGCAAGUGGCACUGAACCACACUAUGAUUUGGAGACGAUGACAGAGAUUAUCUUAGCAUGUUGUAUCUUACACAACUUCCUUCGUAGCGUGGAUAAUGAUGACUCAUUACUCGAUGAAGUUGAUAAUGAGUUGAAUGAAAGAGAAGAGCAUAAUGUUUCAUCGUCUCAAGUUAGGGAAGAGGAUCAUAGGAUAGGUAGUAAUAUUAGGGAUGCCAUAACAGAUCAUAUGUGGCGAGAUUAUCGGAACUCUUAG